UUUUCCUGCAUUAAAAAAUUUUUUUCCUAAAAUAAAUUAUUUAGUUGGUUAUACCGAAACACAAAAUAUUGUAUUUUCCUACAUCAAAUUUUUUAAGAAUUCCAUGUCUGGCACUCUCUUCUUUUUACACGUUAUUUCUAUCUAUUUUUCUAUCUGCUAUUUUUCUUCGUUUUCGAAUUUUCUUUUUUUGAUAAAAAUUUUUUUAGAAAAAAAAUUUUCUAAUUUUUUUUUUGAAUUUCAAAAAUUCCUUCUUUUUUUGAAAUUCAAAACUCUCUUCUUUUUAUACGCUAUUUCUUCUCAUUUUUUAUUCAUUUUGAUUUUUAAGUGA